AUGGAUGUCCACAGAGGAAGGCAGAAGGAACCGAGCGAGAGACUCCGCAAGACAGGUGUUGAUGAACAUAUCUUCCAGGGAGCAGAAGCAGUUGGAGGUCAGCUGGUGCACAGUGUUCCUGGUGGGAUGGAGAUGGCCCUGAGCGCUGAAUUUCCUCAGCCCUGCCCCAAAGUCUGCCUUUGCAAAGAGGAGGCAAGAUUUGUGAACUGUUCUGGAGUCAGUCUGAGUGGAAGCCUCAUCUUUCCGCUAGAGACAGAGCACUUGGAUUUGUCUAACAGUGGCUUGCAUGCCAUGCCCAGCCUGGCACUGAGAUCCCUGUGGAAGCUCCAAGUUCUCCUUCUAUGCGGGAAUGACAUUGCUGAGGUAGAAAGGGGAGCAUUUCAAUCCUUGGAGAGACUCCAGAAGCUCGAUAUCAGUGGGAACAUGAUCACAGUGCUAGGAAGCAGUUUUUCAGCUGGGCUGAGCUCUCUCCUCGAGCUCUCAUUGUCCCACAACAGGAUCCAAGCAGCUCGUUUCAGGAGCUUUCAAAAUUUUGAGAACCUGCAGAAACUCAACAUCCAAAACAACAACAUCUCCUCCAUCGAACCUGGGGCCUUUCGAAGCUUAACCCGCCUGCGGCAACUUCACCUACAGAACAACCAGCUCCUCAGCCUUCACGAUGGGGUUUUUUCCAUGCUGCAGCAUUUGGAGAUUCUGAACUUGGAAGGCAACAGGAUCAAAAAAAUUGGCCCUGGUGUCUUCACGCCAUUGAGUAGCCUCACCAUCCUGAACCUAGAGCAUAACUGCAUUGAACGUAUCAGAUUCAAAACCUUCCUAACCCUCCAGACUGCUGGGACACACAUCCUGCUUUCUGACAACCCUUGGUUCUGUGACUGUGACCUACAGAGGGUCUUUUCCAAGCUGCAUAGUGUCCGGCGGCUAGUCCUGGACCGCUAUGAGAACAUAACGUGUACUGAGCCAGCAGUGCUGAGGAACAUCCCACUGGCCUCGGUGGACACCCAGCUCUGUGCUGCAGAGAUGGCAACAGUGCUCAUCAUCACCAUCACGGCGCUUGUCAGCGUUGUGGCUGCCAUCGUGAUGGCAGAGCGAAACAGGAGGAGGAGGACAGGCAAGCACUGGAGUGAAGACAACGAGCUCUCUUACAGCAUACAUUGGUGA